GACUGGUUUAUUAUGUGUGGUCAGCCUAUUCUCCCAUACCAGGCUCGACAGGAUUCAUCUCAUCAAAAUUUGAAGAUUUAAAAAGCCAUAAAAAUGCAUUGCAAAGCUUAGUUGCGAGGAUUUAUUCCGAAAAGUUCAGUUUUACAUGAAGGUCAAGUCAUGGGUGACUGGUCCAUUCUUGGGCGUUUUCUGUCUGAGGUCCAGAAUCAUUCUACAGUAAUAGGCAAGAUCUGGCUGACUAUGCUGCUCAUUUUCCGCAUCUUGCUGGUAGCCUUGGUGGGAGACGCCAUCUACAACGAUGAGCAAUCCAAGUUCACCUGCAAUACCCAGCAGCCUGGAUGCAAUAACGUCUGUUACGACACAUUCGCACCGGUUUCCCAUCUGAGGUUCUGGGUUUUCCAAAUUGUGCUGGUCUCCACCCCAUCCAUAUUCUACAUAGUAUUUGUUUUGCAUAAAAUUGCCAAAGACGAGAAGCUAGAUGGACAACGGGCACAGUUGCUGAGGCAAAGGCCUUCAAGGCAGUGUACUGGGAAGAAGGACGGCAAGGAGGCGAUGAGGGUGGGUGUGCCUACUUACUGUCCUCAUUAUAGGGAGGAUUGGGAUGAGAGGGAAACAACACAGCAAAGCUUUCUGGAGGAGGGUCAUGGUGCACUAGCAGAAGACCCCACUCAACAGUCUAACCAGGUUUUGCUCAUCUACAUCCUUCAUGUGUUACUUCGAUCAAUCAUGGAGAUCACCUUCCUGGUGGGCCAGUAUUUGUUAUUUGGGUUCGAGGUGCCUCACCUCUACCGCUGCGAGACCUAUCCUUGCCCAACUCGCACAGACUGUUUUGUGUCUCGUGCCACAGAGAAAACAAUUUUCCUCAACUUUAUGUUCAGCAUUAGCCUGGGCUGCUUUGUGCUCAACAUUGCAGAGCUUCACUACCUGGGCUGGGUCUACAUUUUCCGUGUCCUCUGCUCAGGCUGCUCCAACUGCUGCAGUCAGGAGAAGGAUCCAGACAAAAUGUACUCCAAGCAAAACCCUCUAUUGCUUCAACUCAGGCAUUCUCUGAGAGGUCAGCUGGUUCUGCAGAGCCGAUCGGCCAUGGCUCAAGAGAAGACAGGAGGUCUCCUCACACAUGCCCCAGCUAUCUCUUUUGAGACAGACUCAACUGUGGAAUGCACCUCAAAGAGGAGUCCGGAGAACAUGGACAAGGUGAAGGUUAAGUUGGCCAACAUGGCCAGGUUGGGACGAACUAAGAAGUCUUGGCUGUGACACUGUCAUUUGUGGUCAUGUUAUAAUCAUGUCUGAUGUCUUUUGUUUUCAUUCAUGUACUGUAGUACUGGCAAAAUGUGUUGAAUAUGUGUUGUAGUAUGUAGGUUUAGCUUGGUAUUACCAUUAGGGAUGGGUAUAAUAAUUGAUGAAUUGGUUAUCUGGUUGUGAAGAAUUCUAUCGAUUAUGUUGAAAUGAAUGUUGAUUAGUUGCGUCUCUGAGCAAUUGAAGCACUACUUGAGGCACUGCUGAUUCAGUCUCAUUUGCUUCCUGUAGAUGUCAGCUAUGUUAUUUUUAGAUUUAAUGCUUAAUUGUUAAAACUAUCGUUGAAAUAAAUACGUAUGCAUGACUAGUGAUAUGGAAAACACACUUUUGAUGGGAUCUAUCUAUCUAUCUAUCUAUCUAUCUAUCUAUCUAUCUAUCUAUCUAUCUAUCUAUCUAUCUAUCUAUCUAUCUAUUCUCAGUUUAUUAAAAAUUCUGACAAUGACUAUACAUUGAAAUCAUUUUUAUUGUAAUAAUGUUAUUACAUUUUACACUGCAUUAAACAGCAAUAAAUUAAUACUAGAUUGGUUGCUUAGUGAUUGAAUAUAGUGGCUAUAUUUGAAAAGAAAUCUUUCUAACUGUUCAGUUUGAGUUGAUUAUGGUUUGAACAAAUAUCACACUACUACAAAUGAAACUUUGUUUUAAUUUGUAUUUUUGCAUCCAUAGGUAUUGCCAGUUGCUACUGUACACAGUGUUCAAACCAGUGGCCUUCGUUAUGGCCAGUUGUGUGCUUAUCUAUGUUUAGCUACUCAGUAUGUGAGUAAA